UAUUAAAUGGUUUAGUUGAGAGACCGUAGAAGUAAACAUAAACAAACUCACGUUGAGUUACUCAGACUGGCACAGGUUCUGUAGCCUAGACGACAUUUAAAACUAGACGAGUAAAAUGUCGAAACACGCUUGUGAGCUAAAUUUCCUCUCCCGGUCUGAUGGCUCUGCACUUUAUUCUAUAGGAAACACAGUGGCUCUUGCUUCAGUAAAUGGUCCGGGUGAAGUUAAGAAGUUCAACCGCCUCUACAACAGGGCAUAUCUAGAGGUGUCCUACAGCCCCUCCACCGGACAGUCCAUGAUAGGAGAGCGAGCUUUGGAGUCGGUGAUCACACGCACAGUUGAACAAGUGAUUCUUGUUCAUCUUCACCCAAGAACUGCAGUUAAUGUCACCAUACAAGAGAUGCAGUCAGAUGGUUUGGAACUGUCAACAAGUGUGAAUGCUGCCUGUUUGUCCCUUCUUGAUGCUGGAGUACAGAUGAAGUCAACAUUUGCAGCUGUCACCUGUUGUCUCACACCUUCAUCCACCAUCUUAAUUGAACCCACAGCAGCUGAGAUGAAGGAAAGUGUGGCAGUAGCAACAUUUGUACUAGAUGGCCAAGCACUGAAUGUUUUGUCAGCACAUCAAGAGGGAUGCCUCAAUGCAGAGAACUUUAAUGCUUGUCUCAAGGCUUGCCAGACUGCAGCCAAGGAUGUUUUUAAUUUCUACCGGCAGGCUUUGGAGAAAAAAUAUCAUACAUGUAAUGAGAUAAGCUAGGACUACCCAACUCUCAGUGUUAAUAUUUGAAAGUGUUAUAAUAAGGAACCUUUUAGUGUGGACAUCAUGUUUUAAUUAUUGCAAUAUUUCAUGAUAAACAUUAGGACUUUGUCAUAUUUGCAAGAUAUGUGAUUGUAUUUUAUAUUUGUAUCAGAAUGUGUUUCUUUGAAGAUAAGAAAAAUAAAAGGCUAGUGUGAUUUUU